CGCCGCGCGCCCGGCCUGCGCGAGCUCUGAGGCUGCCGGCUCUCCAGAGACGCCAUGUACCGGCUCCUGGCAGCCGUGACGCCCCGGGCCGCGACCCACGGGCGCUGCGCCUGGGGCUGCGGGCGUCGCGCGGCUCACCAGCGCGCCGGGCUGCCGCCGCUCGGCCCCGGCUGGGUCGGGGGCCUCGGGCUGGGGCUGGGGCUGGCGCUCGGGGCGAAGCUGGCUGGCGGGUUGAGGGGAGCGUCCCCCACGUCGCCGCCCGCGGCCCCCUACGCCGAGACGCCACCUCAGGCCGAGCCGCUGCCGCCGCAGGAGCAGCCCCUCGCCCCGAGGUCUCCGCAGACCCCGGCGCCGCCGCACGCCCGGCGCUUCGCCAGGGCCGUCGACAGCAGCCGCGACCUCCUGUACAGGAUCAAGGAUGAGGUGGGCGCACCGGGCAUAGUGGUUGGCGUCUCUGUAGAUGGAAAAGAAGUCUGGUCAGAAGGUUUAGGUUACGCUGAUGUUGAGAACCGUGUACCUUGCAAGCCAGAGACAGUUAUGAGAAUUGCCAGUAUCAGCAAAAGCCUUACCAUGGUUGCUAUUGCCAAAUUGUGGGAAGCAGGGAAACUGGAUCUUGAUACUCCAGUACAACAUUAUGUUCCUGAAUUCCCAGAAAAAGAAUAUGAAGGUGAAAAGGUUUCUGUCACAACAAGAUUAUUGAUUUCCCACUUAAGUGGAAUUCGUCAUUAUGAAAAGGACAUGAAAAAGGUGAAAGAAGAGAAAGCUUAUAAAGCCUUGAAGAUGAUGAAAGGGACGAUGGAAUCUGACCAAGAAAAAGAGUUAAAAGAAAAAGGAGGCAAAAGUAAUGAAAAGAAUGACUUUGCUAAAGCUAAGAUAGAGCAAGAUAAUGAAGCCAAAGGCCGAAAUUCGAAACCUUGCAAGAAAAAGAAUGAUUUUGAACAAGGGGAAUUAUAUUUGAAAGAAAAAUUUGAAAAUUCAAUUGAAUCCCUAAGAUUAUUUAAAAAUGACCCUUUGUUUUUUAAGCCCGGUAGUCAGUUUUUGUAUUCAACUUUUGGCUAUACCCUACUGGCAGCCAUAGUAGAAAGAGCUUCAGGAUAUAAAUAUUUGGACUAUAUGCAGAAAAUAUUCCAUGACUUGGAUAUGCUGACAACUGUGCAGGAAGAAAAUGAGCCAGUGAUUUACAAUAGAGCAAGAUUUUAUGUUUACAAUAAAAAGAGACGUCUUGUCAACACACCUUACGUGGAUAACUCCUAUAAAUGGGCUGGUGGUGGAUUUCUGUCUACAGUAGGUGACCUUCUGAAAUUUGGGAAUGCAAUGCUGUAUAGUUACCAAGUCGGGCUGUUUAAGAGCUCAAAUGAAAAUCUUUUACCCGGAUAUCUCAAACCAGAAACAAUGCUUAUGAUUUGGACACCAGUCCCUAACACAGAGAUGUCUUGGGAUAAAGAGGGUAAAUAUGCCAUGGCAUGGGGUGUUGCGGAAAAGAAACAAACAUAUGGUUCUUGUAGGAAGCAACGGCAUUAUGCCUCUCAUACUGGAGGUGCAGUGGGUGCCAGUAGUGUCCUGCUGGUCCUUCCUGAAGAACUGGAUGCAGAAGCUAUAAAUAACAAGGUUCCCCCAAGAGGAAUAGUUGUUUCGAUCAUAUGUAACAUGCAGUCUGUUGGCCUCAACAGCACUGCUUUAAAGAUUGCUCUGGAAUUUGAUAAAGACAGAUCAGACAUACCUUAACAUCACAGGUGCAAAACGAGCUUUUAUGGUUUUGUUUUUGUUUUUUUGAAACAAAGUCCCCAAACACAUGAGAUUUUAAAGAAUCAAUUUGUAAUAGAGUAUAAUUGAAUGCAGAGAAUUAUGUACCUCUAAUUGCUUAAUUUUGUAAUUGUCUUUUAUUGUAGGAUGAGUUCUUUAUACUCAGGGAAGUAACUAUAUUUUUACUUUUUGAGAAAAGUGUUAACUCUUGAAAUAAAAUUUUCUGAUAAAAAAUGUACUUUUUGAAUGUGUAAUAUAGAGAAAAUCUCAUUCAACAGGAACCUCAGAAUAUCAUUCUUUUAAUAUGACAGCAGAAACCAGAUUAUGAGAAGUGGUAUAUUAGUUACCUGUUGCAGCUUAAAAGAGCCCGUAUGUAUUAUCCCAUGGUUUCUGAGGCUCAGGAAUUCAGGAGUAGCUCUGCUGGGUGGGUCUAGCACCAGAGUCUGUAAUGAGGCUGCAGAUAAAAUGUUGUCGUCAUCUAAAGACUUCUCUGGUCCUGGAGGAAAUCCUUCCCAAAUGGCUUAUUCACUCACAGAUCCUAAGACCUGUGAACUAAAGAUGUUAUUUGCUCCCCACAUCGAACCAGACACAGGCUGGCCGCUGCUUGGUUAGUACUCAAGACUUGAGAACAGUUCUUGACUCCUGGCUAUGUUCUCUGAGCUCUUAGUUCAGCCCUUUUUUUUUUCAUGAAAGGCAGCAUGCGUUUGCAUCAGAGUGGUUUUCUCAACCUGCUUUCUGCUUGUACGAGUUUGAGGGUCCAAAGGGCUCUUUUGUACUCUCCUUUCAGUCUAAGUUAACAGUCUUCCUGCUAAUAUAAUUUUUUUAAACUUUGUGAGUUUUAAUCUCUCUACAGAUCUCAUUGAGGUUCAUGCUAAUAAACAAAAGCCGUACCCAAAAAUCUCUUCAAAACAUACCCCUCUCUAACUUGAAAUGCAGCUGAGACAAUUGGAGAAAAUACUGUUAAGCUUCUAUUAAGGCCUAUUGUUUAAAUAGCUCUCGAGGCACCAUCUUGGUUCUUUCCACAGAAAGAACCUUGUAAAGGAUUUUAUAGUCACACCCUCAACUUCAUCUUUAGACUGUUUUUUUCCUGGAAGUGCUCUAAAUUUUAUCCUUGCCUUGAAACUGUUUCUUAAUUUUAGCAUCUUUUGUCAUCUGGAGGGUCUGGGAAUUUUCCAAACCAUCAAUUAUUGAUUCAUUUUUUAGUAAUCCUUCCUUUAGCUUAUCUCUCUCCUGUUUUUUUUAGUACAAGCAUUGAGAAGAAGCCAAGAGUCAACACUGUGUCUGGAAAUCUCAGCUAGAGUCACACAGUUAUUUAGGCACAUUUUCUACUUUCUAUGGUCUUGCAGGCAACAGUGUUGCCAAACUUUCUGCCACUGCAGAACAGUAGCCCUCUUUCCUCCAAUUUCCAAUAAGAUUUUUUCCUUAAGCUCCUUUAAAUCCACAGGUGCAGCCUCCUCAAAGGCCAUCAUACUUCUAAACAGUUUCUUCAGGGCUUCUCAGGCUUUCACUGACACUUUUCAAAGUCCUUACAACUUCUAUUCACUUGUUCUAUUCCAAAUUCACUCCACAUUUUAGGUUUUUGUUAUAGCUUCACUCUACUUCCAGGUAUCAAAAUUUGUAAUGUAAAAAAUAUGUAUUUCAGAUACAAUUCACAAUUCACGUAUCUUAAAAUCAACCUUUAAAGUGUACAAUUUAGUGGUUUUAGUAUAUUCACAAGAUUGUGUUCCCAUUCAAUUCCAGAACAUCUUCACCCAAAAAAGAAAUCUUAUACUCAUUAACAUUUGCUCUGCAUUCUUCUCUACUCCCAGGCCCUGGCAACCACCAAUCUACUCUGUCUUUUUGGAUUUGCCUAUUACGGAUAUUUCGUAUAAGUGGAAUCAUAUAAUAUGUGGCCUUAUGUGUCUUGGCUUCUUUCAUUUAGUCUAAUGUGCGUUAACUAUGUAUUGCUGCAUAACAAACUACCCCUUCUCACAAAUUCUCUGUUUCAUAAGUUUGGGAGCAGUUUAGCUGAGUAGUUCUAGCUCAGGGUCUCUCCUGUGGCUGCAGGUAAGAUGUCAGUAGGAGUUUCAGUCACCUGAAAGCUUGACUGAGGCUAGAGGACCUCAUUCCAAGAUAGUUCACCCAUGUGGCUAUAGGCAAGAGGCUUCUAUUCCUUGCUAGCUUUGGGGAAGAGGUCUCAAUGUCUCACUUCAUGGACUUCUCCAUAGGUCUGCUUGACUGUCCUAUGGCUUCCCUCAGAUUGAUUAAAGAGAGAACAAGACAAAAGCCACAAUGUCUUUUAUAUUGUAGCCUUGGAGGUCAUACACUAUCGCCUGUGCCAGAUUCUACUGGUCACACAGACCAACCCUGAUCCAGUGUGGGAGCGGGCCACAUACCAGAAGGUAGGGUUCAUUGGGAGCCAUCGUGGAGACUGGCUCCACAGAUGGCUUACUGUAGUGUUGACUACUGGGAAAUACUGUUGUAGCAGCCAUAGAUGAUGAAUAUUGGAGACUGCACUGAAUUCAGGGAAAUUCAAAAAGAAAUCAAAGUUUUUAUACACUCUAAUGCAAGAAGGCUUUUCUAUAGUUCUGAGCUGUCAGCCUGUUUCUUCACUCCACUUUGAUCUGUAAAGGUAAGUAGAUGGAUAUUUCUGAAGGGUCAAAGUACACAGAAAGCAGCUCCCUACAACAGAUCCAUUUCAUCUCCUUAUUUCUUUCUGGCUUCUCCUGACCUCUAGGUCUCCUAUUCAUAUUUGUCAAAUUUUUCAAUCCAUUCUGCCUUUGAUAAAUAUAAAAUGCCUUCUUUUAAUUUUAUUCUAAAAUUUUAACAUUAAAUAUUGUGACUAAAAGCAAAUCAAAUUAAUGGCAAUUUUACAAAAUAUUUCUAAUAUUGGCAGAUACGUGUUUUUAGUUUGAUCAUGUGAUAUCAAUGUGAGUUUUGCACCUUAGCACAGACCACGGAGCAAACUGCUUGGAGCAGCCAAGGAGGUGACAUUUACAUUGGGAGAGGAGGAAAGAGCAUUGUCUUGGUGUCAGGGAGAAGUGUGACGUGACUGAACUAUCUGUAUGGGAAGAGCCACAAAGUGUGAAGAGCCCUGUGAAGUUAGUGGAUGCACUUGCUUUAGACUAGUUUUUCACUUUUCAGAAUUCUUGUAGAAGCUCUGAGAAGAGCUGGGAACCUUCUCAGAAAAUGAACCAAUAUACACACAUCAGGGAUUCACAGACCCAGAUGGAAUUCCCAUUUGCCACUAUAAUUUAUUUUCUUACUUGAUACUGUUAGAAACAGCACUGAUAAAUUUCCACAUCUCCCAAAGUGGUAAUUCCCGUGUGGCUGAUCCUUAAUAUUGGGAAAGAGAACUCAUGAGAACUUGACAGAAGUUUCUUGUGUUUUGGGUUUUUUUUUUUUCCCUGAAAUUUACAGCUUGUCAAGGUGGUUAUUGGCUACAAAUGAUUUGCUUUACUUUCCUAUCACAGAAUACAAAAUUUUUAAAUUCUACCCCAGAUUUGAAAGCUGA